UAACACCGACGAGAUACUAUAAAGAUUGUUGGGCUUAAGCCCGUAUCAGACUACGGAUUGGGAUUGAGUAUUGGAUUGAAAUUUAAUCAGGAGAAAUUCAAUCAGGAUCUGAUACGGGCUUUAGGAAUAUCGUGACUGGAAAGCUGGAAUAUGAAACAUAGCUUGAAAUAAGCAAGGAUGGUAAUGGGAUGGUAAUAGAUAUAGAAUAAUGGGAAACAAGUAUCGGAAAAUAUCAAAAAACUAUUAAUAUAGAAAACAGGCCGAAUGUGUAUGUGUUUUACGAAUGACUUUAUCUCUCACUACCGCGUUUUGGCACCACGCAAUGCCAAACUGAAGGGUACGGUAAGGCGUUAAUGGAAAUAAUUUAUUCAUAAACAAGAUGAUAAGACAUGAAAAACGACCGGCAGAAACAAGCAUACAGAAUGUUUUUAUUACUUCACUUAUUGCAGGAGGUGCUGCAGGAACAUUUGUGGAUAUUGCAUUAUAUCCAUUAGAUACAUUAAAAACUCGAUUGCAGAGUAAUCAAGGAUUUCUUAAAACUGGAGGAUUUGCAAGUCUUUACAAAGGAAUUUAUCCAGUUAUAAUUGGCUCAGCACCGACAGCUGCAUUAUUUUUUUUAACAUAUGAAGAAAUUAAAACAGUAAUGCAACUUAGAAUUUCUAAACAAUAUCAUAUUUUACUCCAUAUGGGAGCAGCAACAUCAGCAGAAAUGGUAGCAUGUUUAAUACGAGUCCCAGUAGAAGUUCUAAAACAAAGAAGACAGGCACAAAUACUAGACAAAAAGUUUCUUGGUCUUAAGUUAUUAUAUCGUGGGUACUGGAGCACAGUAUUGCGAGACACACCAUUUAGUGUUGUACAGUUCCCAUUGUGGGAAUAUUUAAAAAUAUCUUAUAGUUCUUAUAUUGAAAGAAAAAUAUAUCCUGUAGAAAGUGCAGUCUGUGGCGCAAUUUCAGGAGGUAUCUCUGCAACUAUUACAACUCCACUAGAUGUUGCAAAAACGAGGAUAAUGCUUGCUAGUAGAACAUCACUUUCAUUAGAAUUAUCGAUAUCAAAUGUACUUUAUGAGAUAUAUACAGAAAAUGGCUUUCGAGGAUUGUUUGCUGGAUUUGGGCCAAGAAUAAUAUGGAUUACAUUAGGAGGUUUUAUAUUCUUUGGAGUCUAUGAGAAAACAAAAGUACUUACACAGAUAAUAUUCCCAAUGCUAAAAUAAAAAUUAUUACAGAUUUCAAACUGGUCAUCAGUUUUUCCAGUUUCAUUGCCUUCUGUAAGUUGCCGCUUACUUUCAAUUUGCCUGACAUGAAAGCAGCAGUAGGCUUUAGUUUACCU